CAAACUUAAAUCACCUGAUUUAAAUCGAUGACUGCUGGUAUUAUUUACAUACUGAAAACAGUUUAUAUCGAAAUUUGCCAAAAUAUUUAACAAGAUGAAAAAUAUUUUCAUCGUGUUUUUACUCUUUGAUAUUCCAAUGUGUGUACAUUUAAUUGAAGUUGGAGUCUUUUCGAAUAGAGUUGUGUUAACUUCAACCCGUGAAGAUGAUCCAGACAAAUGGUUUGAUAAAGAAAAUCAACAAUUCAAAUACAUAGGAAAGUUGUGGAUAGGUGAAACCAGAUAUAUCAAAGCCAAAAUACGACAGACAAAUUCUGAAGAAAAGAUAAGCUCUUUGAACGAAGACCCGAAUGUUAGAAUUCUUAGACGAAAACGAGGGAUAUCAUGGGUAGCACAAGAAAAAAUGCAAACGAGAAUAACAAGGACAGUAGAUCCAGAAUGGCCUAAUCUGUGGUACUUGAAUGAUGAUGUUUCUCCAUCACUCAAAGUAUCCGAAGCAUGGAAUGCUGGCUACUCCGGCAAAGGGGUGAUCAUUGCUGUGGUUGAUGAUGGACUUCAGACAGACCAUCCAGAUAUCUCUCCAAACGUCGAUGUAGAACAUGGUACUAGUUUUCGUGAUGGAGCCAAAGAUCCCAAACCAAAGUCAGAUAAAGACGACCACGGUACAAAAGUUACUGGAUUAAUUGCAGCCGUCAAGGACAACAAUAUAUGUAUUCCAGGCAUAGCCUAUAAUUCCACCAUCGUAGGAGUGCAGUUGCUUGGUACCAAUGAUAAUAUAAAUAUUACAGUAGAUUCAGAUGAGGCUACUGCUUUUAAGCAUUAUAUAUCAAAUGUCGAUAUAUAUUCCAAUAGCUGGGGACCCCACGAUGGUAGUGGAUUUGAAGGCCCUGGUUAUUUAGCUAAGAAAGCGCUUCAAGAUGGAGUAACGACAGGAAGAAACGGAAAGGGUGCUAUUUACGUUAUUUCAGCAGGUAACGGUGGAUUGGAUGAUAAUUGUAAUGCUGAUGGUUAUGCGAACAGUAUAUACACAAUAGCUAUAACGAGUGUACAAAUUGGAAAAAAUGCAUUUUACUCUGAAGUGUGUGCGCCUGCAUUAGCAGCAACAUAUGGUGGCAGUUAUAUGGAUAAAUAUUUGACAACAACCACCAUCAAGUCAGGUUGUACUAGCGCAGGUAUUCAGGGAACUUCUUUUUCGGCACCUAUUGCAACUGCAAUCAUUGCCAUGACACUCGAAGCAAAUCCAAAUCUAACAUGGAGAGAUAUCCAACAUCUAGUGGUGCUGACUUCCAACAGGAACAACUUCACUGAUACAUUUUCAGAUUGGUCAUUAAAUGGAGCUAAUCAAGAAUUCAGCCAGGUUCUAGGCUUUGGUCUUAUGAAUGCUGAGACUAUGGUAUCUGUUGGUUCAAAAUGGAAGUCAGUACCACAACAUCAGACUUGUGCAUCAAGGACCAAAUUAUCACAUAUGUAUGUGGAAUGUAAAAAAUGUUACAUAAGAUUAGAUAGGUGGUCCCUGAGAUUUUAUGGUACUACAACAGAUCCAUGGCAGACUGCUAUCUACAGAGAGGUUCUUGUAGUUGAGACAUCAGCGUAUCAAUCGUUAGACAUAAACAAUCCAUCAUCCGAUGAAUUCAAAGAUGUUAAAGCAGGACUUCAAAGGUUUUGGUCCACCAACAUUGAAACAAGUUUUUAUAGUAUAGCUAUAAAUACAUUAGCACCAGCAGAGAAAGGUUCUAUAAUUGUGGAUCAGAAAGUCUACACAAACGAAAAUAGUGUUGGAUUGUUAAUUAAAGCUUGCUACGACCUAGUGAAUAAUGCAGAAUCGUUAAGAUUUGGACGCAUUUCAUCCUUAAAAGUAUCAGUUGCUAAUAUUACAAACUAUGAAUUACCCAACAAUACAGUGGAAAUAACAAACCUGACCGUUACAAACGAACUGUGUUCCAUCUACACGACAUUGUCACCAUGUAGUUCUAAACUUAAAUGUAAAGUUUUAAAUGGCAAGCCAUCGUGUGUCUCCAAGUCAUCCGUUUCAACCGUAAAUAAAGGUGCUAUUAUUGGAGGAGUGCUUGGUGGUAUCGCUACUACAAUAGCAUUGGCUGGUGCAUUCUAUCUACAUUGGAAACAAAGAAGGGAAUAGUAAAAUCAAGGUGCAACCAACCUAUUGAUAUUGUAAAGCUAGGGAACGAUCUCAGUUACAGACAUUUUGACCUAUAAUGGUUUACUUUUUUUAAAUUGUUAUUUGGGUGGAGAGUUGUCUCAUUGGCACUCACACCACAUCUUC